AUGGCAGACGAACGCGGGGGGGGAUGGUCUAUCAACUCCAACAAAGUCCUACACCCACCUACGAGUGCCAACAUCUCAGUGGGGUGCAGCGGUGAGCACGACGAAUCCACCACCGCUGCCCCUCCAUUUACCCAUCAUCCAGGAUAUCCUAUGGAGAUAGCUGAUAUGGGGAAGGCUCAAAUUGAUCAGAGCGACCUCUACCCAUCUCAGGAAGCCAUGUAUAAGAACGCCAUUGAAACGUUACUAGUGGAGCCACCCAAGUUACAUUGA